AUGAAGUUCAAAGAGACACGAAAAUGCUGGGGCGGUCAUGGCAUGCUCGACGAUGCCUUCCUCACUCGGCAAGUACUCGAGCUCGCUUCGAAGAGGAUCAAAGGUGAUGACCUCCUGGUCAUCUUUGAGCUCUCAUCCUGCGCACUCACGAGGGAAAUUCGGUUGCAGCUCACCAAACAGGCUAGUGACAAGCAAGGCAAGGACCGAUCGCACGACCGAAAAGCACCCUUUUCCAGUUUGCCAAUGACACGAUGGGGGCAGAACCUUGGCCCUCGGGGUAUCAACAGAUGGAUGGUCUUCCGCUACCAUCGCCUUUCAAUCUUCAAGUCUCGUUGCCACAUCUUUGCCUGUCGACUUUUAAGUAUAUUACUCUAUUCGCCUGCGAAAACCCCGUCUUUGAUCAAGAUCUUUUUCUCGGGUUCAAUUCUCAGUAUCCUGCGCUCCACCUGCCGCGAUUCGUGCAGAGACGGCAAAGACGAUGGGCAGAACGUUCAGCACUCCUCUCAUCAAGUGCUACACAUAAUGACGGUCUCCCAUGACAACCCUGGGUUACUGGCUGUAAACGCUUCCGAGAUGACAAGACUUUUGUUACAUUAA